AUGCACCUCGUCUUCCCGAAGGUCGACGACAAGUGGAUGAUUACGGACACGCUGGGCGUCGACAACCUCGGCGCGUAUCUGGUCGGCCAGAGGGGACAGCAGCCAAUUGUGGCCGGCGAUCCGCGCACCAUCAUCCGCCAUCCGGUGCCUCGCCAAGUCUGGGAGUUGACGAUCAGCCAGCUCGUCAUGGGCAACAAGGUGGGAGAAGGGGCGUUCGGCGAGGUGUACCGCGGCCAGCUCUACCUCGACAAGGAGCGCCAGAUGGCCGUCGCCAUCAAGAAGCUCAAAAAUGCCACCGUGCCCGCCGAGCAAAAGGACCAAUUCGUGGCCGAGGCGCGGCUGUGUCGCCGUCUUCACCACGACAACAUCGUCAAAUUCCGCGGCGUCAUGGUCGAGCAGCAGCCGUUUUUGAUGGUGCUCGAAUGGGCUGAUGGCGGGUCGCUUUUGGACAACCUCCAGAAGAAGGGCAGCACCUACGACCAGGCUCAGAAGACACUCUUCUGCGUGCAGGCCGCCCAGGGCCUCCGCUACCUGGAGAAGAACAAGCUCAUCCACCGCGACGUCGCCGCCCGGAAUUGUUUGAUCAGCGAGGGACGGGUGAAAAUCUCGGAUUUUGGCCUGUCGCUGUACACGCUGCAGCUGAAGAAGAUCGACCUGACGAAGGAGGUGCUGCCGAUCAGAUACCUGGCCCCGGAGACGUUCUCUAAAUGGGAAUUCUCGCUGAAGACGGACGUCUUCUCCUUCGGCGUCUUGAUGUGGGAGGUGUUCUCGUUGGGCAAGAUGCCGUACGCGGAUUUGACGUCUGCCCAGGUGGCGAAGGGCGUGCUGUCCGGAAUGCAACUCGGAGCCCCUCGGAAUACGCCGCCCGGCGUGCUGAAGCUGAUGGCGCUGUGCCAGAGCACCGAACCGGAGCAUCGGCCGACGUUCCUGAAGUUGAAGCUCCAUCUGCGCAAGGAGUAUGACCAGCUGGCCGGCCGCCGCGGCCUGUUCAGCUUCCUCAAGAAGAAGACGUAU